AGGGUAGACAUUUUGCAGGCCUGUAUCUACCGCCUUCACGCACUGCAUCCGCGAACACUACACUCGAGCUCAUACAGGGAAACAUUGCACGAUGCCCAAGUCAAAGGAAGUUCUGUCCUCAAGCUCUGGCAGUGGCAGUGGCAGUGACUCCAACAGUGAAGCUGAGACCAAGUCCAAGAAGAGAAAGCAGGCAGCACCAGAGAAACCAGCAGCUAAGAAACCGAAAGGGGGAGAGAGUUCCAAGCCGGGUGGAACUUCCAAGGGAAGUCGCAACCAGGACAAGGAUGACAACAAGUUCCAGAUUGGGAAGAUGCGGUAUGUGAGCGUUCGUGAAUUCAAAGGUAAAUGUCUGAUCGACAUCCGUGAGUACUGGAUGGAUCAGGAGGGGGAGAUGAAGCCUGGCAGGAAAGGUAUCUCACUGAACCCAGAACAGUGGAACCAGCUAAAAGAUCAGAUCUCUGAGAUAGAUGAUGCUGUGAAGGCUAUAUAGAAGGGAGGCCUCUGGCUGCCUGGGAUUUACAAUCCACCACCUUACAUUCUGUUUUUGUUCUUAUCUUUACAACUUUUUUUUUUUAUAUAAUCUUAGUGAAACGUUUUUAAAGGAAGAGACCAACAUUUUUAAAGUAAUUACCAAGACAACAUUGUGUAUAUUUUAAGCUAAGUUUCUGUUGAUUUGUGCUGUGUUUUGAAAAACCCAACAUGUUUGUUGAGUGAUUCUGAUGUAGUGAAAGGUGUGUGUGAGAGAGAGAUUGGGUUUGCUCUAAUAAGUAAUUAAUAAAAGCCAUUUAAAGGGACAAAA